AUUCAAUCAGUUAUCUUUGGUCAACAACUUCCCAUGAUAGUACAUUUACUUAAGUGAUUUUUAGUCAGACAGUGGUGAAUAUUCCCAGUGAUUUAAGGUGAAACGUUCUUGCAGGAUAUAAAAAGUAAAAUCGUAAGGUACAUGAGGAAACGAUGGCGAAGGUGGUAGGAUUUUGGAAGUUAGAAACUCAAGACGAUAACUGGGACGAAUAUAUGAAAGCUGUUGGAGUUGGUUUUGCAACACGGCAGAUAGGCAAACGCACGUCGUCGUGGGAAGAGAUAAAAGAACAAGAUGGCGUAUGGACAUUAGAUAUAACAUCAACUUUUAAAAAUGCUCAUCUCAAGUUUAAACUGGGUGAAGAAUUUGAUGAGAAGACCAUGGAUGGCAGGGAAGUGAAGUCUGUGUUCAAUGUUGAAGACCACAAGUUAGUCCACUAUCAGAAAUCAACAGCAGUGGGAGUACCCGACUCUGUUGUGAUAAGGGAGAGAAUCGAUGACGACACUAUGACAAUUACAUUUGAAGCUAUCGGCAAGAAUAUCAAAGCCAUAAGAAGAUUCUCAAAGCAAGUUAAAGCUGGGAGUUAACGCUGAAAUUGAAUGACAUUUCAUAUUUCGCGCAGUUAUUUUAUCUAUCACGUGCACUGUAUGUUUUUGCAUACAUUUUUAAAUAAAUUGGGCGGACAUUAUUUUCAAUGUCAAACCCUGACAUAUAUUGAAAUAAAUUAUAAAAUAUCA